AUGUAUAACAAUGAGGGAAUUGCUGCAUUUUGGAAAGGUAUAUUACCACCAAUUGUCAUGGAAACUCCUAAGAGAGCUGUGAAAGUAUGUAAUUCAAAGCAGUUCCCUUUUUUGUUAUUUUCACUAUAAAUUCUCAAAAUAAAUUUUGAUUGAAAAAUAACUAUUUUAAUAUGAAUAUUAUGUAUAUUUAUCUUAUUUCUUUAAUUUUUUAGUUUUUCUCCUUUGAACAAUAUAAAAAGUUCUUUAAUAACCACAUGUCAAUGUCAAUGGUAUGUAUUACAUUUCUUCUGUAUUAUAUAUACUUUCUAUAUAUAAUUUCUCAUAAUUAUAUAUUUGAACAAUAUAUGAUAUUAAUAUGUAACUAAAUAUGUAAAUUUUUAUACAAUGUUUUUUCAGACAUUUUUUUGUGCGGGAUUCUUAACUGGUGUAACAGAGGCAAUUUUAGUAAAUCCAUUUGAAGUAGUAAAAAUACAAAUGCAAUCUAAUCGUAAACACAUCAAUGACUGUCCAUCAACUAUUACUGUAACCCGACAUAUUCUUUACAAUCAAGGUUUUGGACUAAAUGGCCUUAAUAAAGGUUUAUCUGCUACAAUAAUGAGAAAUGCUCUUUUCAAUGCUUUUUAUUUCGGAAUUUAUAAUACUAUCAUUCCUCGAUUAAAUAAACAAAAAGAAUAUGUUCCAGAACUACUUUUGAAGUUUGCCAUAGGUUUUAUAUCUGGAACAGCAGCAUCUUGUAUGAAUAUACCUUUUGAUGUUGCUAAAAGUCGUAUUCAAGGUCCACAGGGAACAAUUCAAUAUAAGGGUACUUUACAAACUAUUUAUCUAGUUUAUCAAAAUGAAGGAUUUAGAGCUUUGUAUAAAGGAUUGGUACCAAAGAUUUUACGAUUAGGACCAGGUGGCGCAAUUAUGCUCAUAGUUUAUGACAAAAUGAAAGCUUACCUCAAUAUGCAGUUUGGUGACUAGUUAAAAUUCUAGUCUACAAAGUAAUCUGAACAAUGCAUUUUCUACAUGCAUUUUCUACCAAAGAAUUGUUCAAGAAAACAGUUCCUCAAUAUUUGUUUCUAUGAGAUUUAGAUUAUAUUUAGAUUUAGUGUGUUUAAAGAUUAGUAAUUCUUCCUUCUUUCUCUUACAGAUACUUUUUUUGUACAAAUAAAAUAACCACCUAACAAAUGUAAAAUAACAAUUGUUUAAAAGAAAAUUAUGUAACUAUAUCUUUUGUAAAAUUUGAAAUAUUUAUGUAAAAAAAAAAAAAAAUAAAAUAUAUUACACAAGGAUAUAUAUAUGAAUUUUAUUAAUUUAUUUAGUAUAUUAUAA